UUUAAUAUUACAAUAUACCAGUACGUUUAUUACUUACUAACAUUGUAUGUAGAAUAUAAGUAUCCAUAAGAUAUGUCGAAGAUUUUCUACUACUGGCGCCAUCUUUUAUUUCAGUGGCAUCAGAAUUUGACACGUAUGCGGUUUCCUCCUUUUCUGCUUAGAAAUGUCGUAUAAAAUGAAUCCCUUAUAAAUGAUAAUUAUCUUUGAUAUAUAUUAUUAACGGUGUAUUUUUACAAGAUUAUUUCAACUUUAGAACGCUUAAUUGAUCACUAAAGACAAGAUGAGUACUUUAGUGGAGCAACCAUGUUACACGUUAAUUAACAUGCCAACGGAUACAGAACCUUUGAAUGAGUUGCAAUUGAAACAGGAUCUUGAGAAAGGCAGUGUUCAUAUUAAAAUUGAAGCAUUGAAGAAAACUAUUUAUAUGAUCUUAAGCGGUGAACGUUUACCAGGCUUACUUAUGACAAUUAUUAGAUUUGUUUUACCAUUGCAAGAUCAUACAAUUAAAAAACUUCUUCUCAUAUUUUGGGAGAUUGUACCAAAAACUUCUCCUGAUGGGAAACUACUUCAAGAAAUGAUUUUGGUAUGUGACGCUUAUAGAAAAGAUUUGCAGCAUCCGAAUGAAUUUGUAAGAGGAUCAACUUUGAGAUUUUUAUGCAAAUUAAAAGAACCAGAGCUUUUGGAACCUCUGAUGCCAUCAAUAAUAGCUUGUUUGGAACAUAGACAUUCUUAUGUCAGGCGUAAUGCAGUAUUAGCCAUUUUUACUAUAUAUAGGAAUUUUGAAUUUCUAAUACCAGAUGCACCAGAUCUAAUAGCUAAAUAUUUAGAUGGCGAACAAGAUAUGUCAUGUAGAAGAAAUGCAUUCUUGAUGUUAUUGCAUGCAGAUCAGAGUAAAGCACUAGCUUAUUUAGCUGCGUGUUUAGACCAAGUGCCUAGUUUUGGUGAUAUUUUACAAUUAGUUAUUGUGGAAUUAAUAUAUAAAGUUUGCUUAGCAAAUCCAACUGAAAGGGCACGCUUUAUUAGAUGUAUUUACAGUUUAUUAAAUUCACCCAGUGCUGCUGUACGCUAUGAAGCAGCUGGUACAUUAAUAACUCUCUCAAACGUACCCACGGCUAUUAAGGCAGCAGCUUCUUGCUAUAUUGAAUUAGUUGUUAAAGAAAGUGACAACAAUGUAAAACUUAUUGUACUCGAUCGUUUAAUUGCCAUGAAAGAUAGCCCCGUCUAUGAAAGAGUUCUUCAAGAUCUUGUUAUGGAUGUACUUAGAGUCUUAGGUUCACCUGCAUUAGAAGUAAGAACAAAAACACUUGCUUUAGCAAUGGAUUUAGUAACAAAUCGUACAGUUGAGGAAAUGGUUCAACUUUUAAAAAAAGAAGUUCUUAGAACCGCUGGUGGUGAACAUGAAGAUGCUGGAAGAUAUCGGCAAUUGCUUGUUAGAACUUUACAUGCUUGUUCAAUUAAAUUCUCAGAUGUUGCAGCCACGGUCAUACCAGUACUAACAGACUUCUUGUCAGAAAACAAUGAAGCUGCUGCCACAGAUGUUUUAGUUUUUGUCCGUGAAGCUAUUCAAAGAUUUGAAAAUCUUAGACCACUCAUUGUUGAGAAGCUUUUGGAGGUUUUCCCGCAUAUUCGAUCAGUCAAAGUUCACAGAGCUGCUUUGUGGAUACUUGGCGAAUAUGCAAUAUCAAAAGAAGAUAUAGAAGCAGUGAUGAAUCGUAUACGUGCUGCUUUAGGAGAAUUACCAUUACUUGAAGCAGAAAAUAAAAGACAAGCAGGAGAAAAAUCAAGUGAAGAUGACAACGAGCAAGCAGCACCUGCACAGUUAGUUACAUCAGAUGGAACAUACGCAACUCAGAGUGCAUUUAGCACCACAACAGAAGGAAGGAAAGAAGAAAAGCGUCCUCCUCUGGUACAAUACAUGAUGGACGGUGAUUUCUUCAUUGGUGCAUCUUUAGCUACAACCAUAGCUAAAUUAGCUUUGCGUUACAAAAGUCUUGAAAAUAAUCUUCAGAAAAGUAAUAAACUACAAGCAGAAGCAAUGCUUGUUAUGUCCAGUGUAUUACAAUUGGGUAGAUCUGGACUUCCUACAAAGGCAAUGACUCAUGAUGACGCGGAAAGAAUCUCCUUAUGUUUAAGGUCUCUUGCCUCUCCAACUCCAUUAUUGCAAAAAGUAUUUACUAAUGGAUGCCGUGAAGCUCUAGGUAGAAUGUUAACAGCUAAAGCAGAAGAGGAUUCUCAAAAUCAGAAGGCGAAAGAAAAACCAGGAAAUACUGUACAAGUAGACGAUGCUAUUCAAUUUUUACAACUUAAUCGUGGCUCCGACUUGACUGGUGGUGCUGGAGAUGUUUUCGAACAGAGUCUCACUGUAGCUGUUGCUGGAAGACCUGGAGCAAUGGGAGAUACACCAUCUCCAAAUGCUUUAAGUAAAGUUACACAACUUACAGGAUUUUCAGAUCCAGUAUAUGCGGAAGCACUUGUACACGUUAAUCAAUAUGAUAUUGUGCUUGAUGUAUUGAUUGUUAAUCAAACAGAGGAUACCCUACAAAAUUGUACUUUAGAAUUAGCGACAAUGGGAGAUUUAAAAUUGGUUGAACGACCACAACCUAUUGUCUUAGCUCCAAGAGAUUUUGCAAGUAUCAAAGCGAAUGUUAAAGUGGCAUCUACUGAAAAUGGAAUAAUAUUUGGUAAUAUAGUUUACGAUGUAUCCGGAGCUGGAUCUGAUAGAAGCGUUGUUGUUUUGAAUGAUAUUCAUAUUGAUAUAAUGGAUUAUAUCGUACCAGCAACAUGUACUGAUGCUGAAUUUCGACAAAUGUGGGCAGAAUUUGAAUGGGAAAAUAAAGUCUCUGUGAAUACAAGUCUUUCGGAUUUAAGAGAAUAUUUAGCUCACUUAUUAAAAUCUACAAAUAUGCGUUGUCUUACUCCUGAAAAGGCUCUUUCCGGACAAUGUGGCUUCAUGGCUGCUAAUAUGUAUGCUAAAUCUAUCUUUGGUGAAGAUGCAUUAGCUAAUUUGUCAAUAGAAAAACCAUUAAAUAAAUCAGAUGCUCCAGUAUUAGGUCAUAUUCGCAUUAGGGCUAAAAGUCAAGGUAUGGCUCUUUCAUUGGGUGAUAAAAUUAAUUCAACGCAAAAAGGACCACAAAAUAAAAUCAUACAAACCGCUUAAACUGUGUACAUAUCUGAUACUAAAAAGGAAAUAAUACAUUAUUCAUUCAGUAUGAUAUAACGUGUACAAUGUACACUUAAAAAAAAUAAAAAGAAAAUGAAUUUUCAUAAAAGAUCAAGUAAAAGAUAUUGCACAAUAAUUUACAGAUUAAAUGUGAAUGUUACUAUAAAUAUUUCAUAAGAAUAAUGUUUAUAACAAUGCUAUACAUGUUUCUUUGUUAGUGAUUAUAAUAAUUGACAGAUCAUUAUUAUUGAUAGCAUUAUUAUCUAGCUAUUUUACUUUAAAAAGCAUUUUACUGAAAAGAAAUUUCUAAAUCCUUUCCAUUUUGUCUAGAUUUUAUAAACAAUUUAUUUUUAUGGUGUAUAGUUUUCAUAUUCAACAAUAUGAUAGAUAUUGAAAGAAUAAAUAAAUUUAA